AUGAUGAUUUUCAAGUGGCUUAAUAGCAAAAAAAUUGAAGCAAAACAAAUUAGUGAUGAUGAUGUCCAGCCUAGAAGAACUUGGCCAAUAAUUUAUGUGGAAGCAAAACAAAUUAGUGAUGAUGAUGUCCAGCCUAGAAGAACUUGGCCAAUAAUUUAUGUGGAAGCAAAACAAAUUAGUGAUGAUGAUGUCCAGCCUAGAAGAACUUGGCCAAUAAUUUAUGUCCAACUCAGAAUGACAUGCUAG